GGACUGCUCCCCCACUCCCCAUUAAGGAUUGGCACCUUUGGGGAGCGGGUGCCCGAAUUUGACAGGUACCCGCUCCCACUUCCAGGCCAAUUGCCUAGGCGAUUGGAAGCGGAAGGUGUCCUCCCUCCCUCUUUGUGGUCUUUUGGGACACGUGACAGGUCCCAGAAGACUGUGGGACCAUUCACAAAGCACAGCAAGCUUCUUGCAUCCGCAGUAGGAAAACCGGCUGUGAAG